AUGAGUCGACGGGUUUCAGUCGUUGACCUCACUUCGGUGGCGGUACAACCAUUCUCUGAGCGUUCCCGGCAACUGUCAUCAACGCGAUCGAUUUCCUCCGGCCCCUCUUCCAGCUCCCCAGAUCCAGAGACAAUGGCCCGUGGCACAAAACGAAAACGCGGGAAUGACGAACAUGGCGCGCAAAAUCCAGCGUCGUCAAAUGAUUCACAAGACCCUGUCGAGUCUAUUGACCUGACCGAAGUCGAAGGCUCGCUGGCACUUGCUAAAGCACUAGCAAAGCAACGGGAAGAUGCCGUCAAGGCACAAUCAACCGCGGAGGAAGGCAAAGGCAGUUCGAUGCUAGCUGCGUACCAGUGCCCAGUCUGCAUGGACACCCCUGAGGAUGCUACGAGCACGUCAUGCGGCCACCUUUUCUGCCACAAGUGUAUUGUCCAAUACCUCCAAUCAAUCGACGAUCAGCGAUUUGAUCAAGGAAAGCCAGCCAAGGGCACAUGUCCCGUGUGCCGAAAGAAUCUGACCCGCAACGAAUCGAGCGGGCCUCGACGAAGCCUCAUACCGUUAAAGCUCAAGUUGACCACAAAGAAGAGGAGUCUAGUGCCACCAACGGAAGCAUAA